AUGAAUUAUAAUUACUAUCGCACACAAAUAGACAAUUAGAAUGCUAUCCAUUCAAACUCCUAAUCAGUUGGUAAAUUAAAGAAGGGAAUUGUCUUUCAAAAUUACCCCUUUAAUCCUGUACAGAGCUAUAACUCCAAUAUGCAAGUGCGUCCAUUUACUUCUUAAACUCAGCCUCUAAAAAAACCCUUCAACUGCUCAAGUAAUUAAAAUUAAAUAAUGGAAAGUCCAUUCAUCAUGUUCCUAGAGCAGCAACUUCACAAACUUAAAGAUAACCAAAUAUACUGUUUUCUGAGUAAUUAAAUAAUAAUGAGAUGGAAACAAAAUAAAGUAAACGAUAUAUGA